UCAUAGAGUGACAAGUCUUGAAUGUGGUAGCCAUUGCUAGCUCGGCUGUUCACAGCUCUGUUAAAACGUUUUGGUGGUAUUAUUGUACAUAACAUUACUAUUUCCACUAAGCACAGCCAUGUCCUUUUUGUUUGGCCAACAUCUUAUCAAGCCAUCAGUUAUAUUUUAUAAGUCUCCUCUCUCUUUGGCCCUGGUAAAUAGGAAGCCAGUUGUGCCUGGUCAUGUGCUUGUUUGCCCAAUGAGAUCUGCAAAUCGUUUCAAAGAACUUAGACCUGAUGAAGUGGGCGAUCUCUUUAACACAGUCCAGAAAGUGGCCACUGUGGUGGAAUCUCAUUUUGGCGGCACUUCCAUUACCAUCUCUCUUCAGGAUGGACCAGAAGCAGGACAAACUGUCCACCAUGUUCAUGUACACAUUCUGCCCAGGAGAGCUGGAGAUUUUUCAAGAAAUGACCAAGUAUAUGAAGAACUAGAAAUUCAUGACAAAGAGUGUCAAGGCCACUCAGAAAAAUGGAGAUCUGAAGAGGAGAUGGAAACUGAGGCCGCUAUUCUUAAGAAAUAUUUCUAGUAGCAGUAGUAAAUGCAGAUCUUAUCAUAAUGUUAAGUUAAGCAAAUGUAUGUGUAAGAGAAUGAAUAGACAUGAAUCAACUGUUAUGGAAAUAAAUAGCACUCUAUUUUCA